GGUGCCCGUGGGCAGACGGAGGUGCUGGACGAGGACCGACGAUCGGUGAGUGCUGUGGACUACUACUUCAUCCAGGAGGACGGGAGCCGCUUCAAGGUGGCCCUGCCCUACAAGCCCUACUUCUACAUUGCUACCCAGAAGGGCUGUGAGCGAGAAGUCUCCUCCUUCCUCUCCAAGAAGUUCCAAGGGAAGAUUGCAAAGCUGGAAACUGUCCCCAAAGAAGACCUGGACCUGCCAAACCACUUGGUGGGCCUGAAGAGGAACUAUAUCAAGUUGUCCUUCAACACGGUGGAUGACUUGGUGAAGGUGCGGAAGGAGAUCUUUCCUGCUGUGAGGAAAAACAGAGAGAGAGACCAGGCGAGCGAUGUCUACACAGCUAUGCUGUCAAGCGCUCUGAGCGGAGGCAGCCUGAGCACAGAUGAGGAAGGGGCCUCUAGAAAGGUUGCCAACCAGAUGGACAACAUUGUGGAUAUGCGGGAGUACGAUGUGCCCUACCAUGUUCGCCUGUCCAUUGACCUGAAGAUCCACGUGGCUCACUGGUACAACGUGCGAUACCGGGGCAGCACCUACCCCCCUGAAAUCACCCGCCGAGAUGAUCUUGUGGAGCGACCGGAUCCUGUUGUUCUUGCCUUUGAUAUUGAAACUACCAAACUCCCUUUGAAGUUUCCUGAUGCGGAGACAGACCAGAUCAUGAUGAUCUCCUACAUGAUUGAUGGGCAGGGCUACCUGAUCACAAACAGGGAGAUCGUCUCUGAGGAUAUUGAAGAUUUUGAGUUUACUCCCAAGCCUGAGUAUGAGGGUCCAUUUUAUGUCUUUAAUGAACCAGAUGAAGCUCAUUUAAUCCAGAGGUGGUUUGAACAUGUCCAGGAGACCAAACCCACCAUCAUUGUCACGUACAAUGGAGACUUCUUUGACUGGCCCUUUGUGGAAGCAAGAGCAGCAGCUCAUGGAAUUAAUAUGUAUCAGGAAAUUGGGUUUCAGAAGGACAGCCAGGGAGAGUACAAAGCAUCCCAGUGCAUCCACAUGGACUGUCUAAG